AUGCCCAAGCAGACAGAGCAAAGAAGCUCGCCGUCUCACAAGGGCGUUCUUGAGCUCGCUGAAAGCGACAACUCAAAGCCAAAGCCAGUCUUUAAUUCGCUACCCAAGGGGUCAGUCAACAGCAUCUUCAUCGUCACCACGCCAGCCAUGGGCGGCUCCAAGCUCACCGAGGAAGAGCAAGCGCUGCCCUUGGUCGAUGCCGCUGUGGAGCACGGGGUCAAGCACAUUGUCUUCAACUCUGUUGAGCGCGGCGGUGAUGGGAGAAGCUGGGAAAACCCGACCAGUGUCCCACAUUUCCUCGCGAAGCACAACAUCGAGAUUUACCUUCGCGACAAGGCGGAGAAGGAGCAGGGCAAAUUCACCUGGACCAUUCUUCGACCAGUGGCUUUCCUCGAGAACUUCAAGCCUGGCAUGUUUUGCGCGGUAUUCACGGCGAUGUGGGCGAGCGCCUUGAGUGCGGAGACGAAGCUGCAGCUUAUUAGUGUUCGCGAUAUUGGCAAAUUUGGUGCCAUAGCACUUACUGAGCCUGCCAAGUGGUCAAAAAAGGCUGUUGGUCUUGCGGGCGAUGAGUUGACUUUGGAUGAGGCUCGGGCGAAGUUUGACAGCGUGACGGGGAAGAAGCUGCCGCAGGCUUGGGGUACCUUUGGAAAGGCAAUGCUUUGGGCUAUCAAAGAAGUUGGCACUAUGUUCCAGUUCUUCGAGGAUGAUGGUUACCACGUUGAUAUUGAGGCGAGGAGGAGGGAUGUUCCGGACCUUCAGAACUUUGCGGCGUGGCUCAAAGCGCCGAGCAAUGGGUGGGCAAACUGA